AUGAAUUCAUUUUUAUUCUUCCAGAUGCCGUCACUGAAGGAAUUCUUUGAAAGCAAUGUUCACCGGCUUCAGCGACGAAUCGGAGGCGAAGCGUCGAUUCUGUCGUUGAAAAAAAAGAAGUCGACCCCCACGUCCUCCGAGGCGUGCCACUUUACCGACGAAAUCUGGGAUGCAAUUUUCCGCGAAUGCUCUCCAUUUGAUUUGUAUGCGUGGCGCCGUGUGAGUAAAAGCUUCAAGCGACGUAUUGAUGCCCGCUUCAACAACAUAUUGUAUUUGUACGCCGAUCGCAGGAAUAUUGCGCGCAUGUUAGCUCGAGAGGAGAAUCAUGAUGGGGCUUUUUAUCGUCAUCGCAGUGCACAGCUGCUGAUGAGUUUAGAUUUGCAUAGCGCUAUGUUCAUUAUCCAUGAGAGGUGGACACCGCGGGAUAUCAACCGACUCUUCCAAGCAAUACAGCUUCUGGCACCUUCUGUGCGGAAUGUUACGCUUGAUAUGGGGAUCGUUGAGCUGAUAACAGCAGGCCUAUCAAGUAUGGAUUUGACUCGAUGGCAUGCUUUCCAGUGCUAUCUUAAAACGCUUGAUGGAUCGGGUGCUGAGGAUUCAGUGCAUGUCCAGUGUACCCCAUCUACAUGCCAAGCUACUUUCUUUCCGAAUGUAACAGAGUUCACGGUGCAAGUUGGUGAGCAUGAUUAUUCGGCACUAACGCGUCUGAUGGAUUAUGCGGUCGAUGCUCGUACUCUUUUUUCGCUGGAUAAAAUUGAACUUUUCCGGGUACAUUUUAUUUCUAGCAACGAACAACAACAACGAUGUGCUUUCGGCGCGGAAGUAGAUCAUUUGUACAGGAAAAGAACAGCUAAACAUUUGCAAAAUUUCAAAAAAUGGAUUGGUGCUGCAGGUCUCGGCGAACGCUACUGCCAGCAGUAUUCUUGA